AUGGUAGAGUUUGCCAUUAACAACUCGGUGCAUGCGUCCACGACACAUACACCGUUUUACGUGAAUGGCUUACGCCAUCCGCGUGUACCCACCUUACUAGAGUGUAACUCUGGUUUAAGGGGGGGAGGGACUCGCGCAAGCAAAAACCGAUUUGGUUCACGCUCAUCACGCUCUGGCGACGAGGUCAUUGCGUCUGAUGCCGAUAUCGAUAACAUCGGCAUCGAAGAAGAUGAUGCCAGUGAGAGUGCGGAAGCCCUCACUGAAGAAGAUGAUCCCAGUGAGAGUGCGGAAGCCCUCACUGAAGAAAAGGUUGAUGUUGCUGCAGUGCGCUCACAGCGCACUGAAGCUAACGAGUCAUCAGAUGAGUUCAUACUGGCUCGUGAAACGGUAGUCCGUUUUGUGCAAGACUCCAUCGCCGAAGCGGUGGAUAAGCAAAAGCAAAACGCUGACAAGAGUGGAAGGACAAACACUCUUUUAUUUAAUAAAGGUGACUUAGUCCUACUGUCUACGGUUAAUCUACCAAAGCAUGUAGUGACUAACUUGGGUAGCAGUAAACUACUACCCAAGUACAUCGGCCCAUUUCGUGUAUUGCACCGCCUAGGCAAUGCAUACACGAUCCAGUUACCACGUAAGAUGCGAACGCAUCCCACGUUUUACGUUGGUCGGCUUAAGCCGUACCAUCAGUACGCUGCUUCUUCCGAUGAAGAACGCCCUUGUGCUCAAGCAUCUCGCAGAGAGCCUUGUGCUACCGAUGGUGGGCAUCAACAAGGAUCUGAAGAGCAGUUAUCUCAGCCCGAGACCGAUCAGCAAUCCCACGAGCUACCCUUAGCUCGUCACGAAGAGAUGUCAAAUCUCUCUCGUUCUCAAGCUGGGCAAACUCAGCUCGAUGCUUCGAGGCAGUGUCCGCCAUUUGGAGACGCCUGUCCCGCUCAUGUUCGAGAUCGCCGCGUAACCCUUGCGUUACGCGAUCAAAGAAACUCUCGGGAACACACCGAUCCACAUGAUCGUGUGGAGAGCGUCUUCCCUCCUCCUUCACCGCCAUUAGAGGACUCUCGCGGUGGCCAGCUCUAUCUGGUUGAGCAGCUGUUAAACCACCGCGACGUAAACGGACGUGGGACGAGUUAUCUCGUCCGGUGGUGCGGCUAUCCCCCGUCCUGGGAUACUUGGGAGCCCCUCUCCCAACUGAUGAUCGACGUACUGGGUCUGGUUGAGCAGUACGACGCGGCACAUCCUGUGCCGCAGAAGGACCGCCGAAGAAAGUCUUUCCGACACGGUCGUAAAGGGAUUUCAGGUUGUCAAUCCCUUCAUACAACUCACUAG